CGGAAGAUCAAAAGUUGCACUCCGAUCGGAACGUACAUAUAUCCAUAUGGCAAAUCGUGGUCCGUAUGAUUUUUGAGUAGAGUUAUUUUUAUGUAUAUAUUUCAUUUUAAGUAAGAGAAAACAAUGCUGACGGAAAACGAGAACGACGUGAGACUGUUCCAAACGAUCGGUCUGAGUGAACAGAAGGCUAAGGAGACUUUAAAAAACGCAAAUGUUACGAAGAAUCUUAAGCUGGCUAUAAAUGAGGCUGCCAAAAGCGGUCCUAUCUCGCAAGAUGUUGGCAUAUUGUUGUACCAUCUAGCUUCUAAGAUUAAGAAUCAGAUUGCGGAUAAGAUACCGUUUGUUACUGAUUAUAUAACUGAGAGGAAAUUAGACACUGUACAGAGGAUAGAUGCUGCAUUGGUUUAUUUGCUAGCUAACAUGAGCAACGACGUUAACAUAGCGAAUUUCGAGGAAUCCUGUGGUAUAGGCGUGGUAGUUUCACCCGAACAGAUAGAAGAAGAAGUGGAGAAAUUCAUAAAAGCGCACAAAAGUGAGAUAAUAGAGAAGAGGUACCGCUUCAAUUCCGGUCCGUUGAUGCAGCAGGUGCGCAACAUUCUGAUGUGGGCGGACGGUAAAGCGGUGAAGAAUGAAUUCGACAUACAGUUUCUCGAUCUGUUGGGCCCGAAAACCGACGCCGAUCUCGCACCAGCGCCUAAGCAAGCGAAACAGCCGAAGGACAAGCAACCGAAGGUGAAGAAACCUGAAGUUGCGAAAGAAGAACAGAAGGAAGCGAAAUUGAAUAACGAGAAGACAGAGGCACAGACUAUAAGCGAACUCAUGAGAACCAAAGUGAACUUCCACAAGCCCGGGGAAAAUUAUCAAACCGAGGGAUACGUCGUGACGCCGAAUACGCAUCGCCUGCUGCAGCAACACUUGAAAGUCACCGGCGGCAAAGUGAGAACUCGAUUCCCGCCCGAGCCCAAUGGAAUUUUGCACAUCGGUCAUGCCAAAGCUAUCAAUAUCAAUUUCGGAUAUGCCGCUGCUCACGACGGUAUAUGUUAUUUGCGGUACGACGAUACGAAUCCCGAAAAGGAAGAGGAGAAAUUUUUCGUCGGUAUACGGGAUAUGGUGGAGUGGCUCGGCUACAAACCCGCCAGGAUCACUCACUCGUCGGAUUACUUUCAGCAACUGUACGAAUGGGCGGUGGAGUUGAUAAGGAAAGGUCAGGCUUACGUCUGUCACCAGUCCGGCGAGGAGAUCAAAGGUUUCAACCCUCCGCCGAGUCCCUGGCGCGACAGGCUGGUCGAGGAAAGCUUGCAGCUGUUCAACGAUAUGAAGGACGGUUUGUUGGAGGAAGGAGAGGCGACGUUGCGCAUGAAGGUUACCCUGGAAGAAGGCAAGCAGGAUCCAGUCGCUUACAGGAUAAAAUACCUGCCACAUCACCGGACCGGCGACCAAUGGUGCAUCUAUCCCACUUACGAUUACACCCAUUGCUUGUGCGACAGCAUCGAGAACAUCACUCAUUCUCUAUGCACGAAGGAAUUCCAGUCGCGAAGAUCGUCCUACUACUGGCUGUGCAACGCCUUGGAUGUCUAUUGUCCCGUCCAAUGGGAGUACGGUCGACUGAACGUCAGCUACACUGUAGUUUCCAAGAGGAAAAUCGCCAGAUUAAUACAGGAGGGAAUCGUUACCGACUGGGACGAUCCCAGGUUGUUUACAUUGACUGCCUUACGUAGACGUGGUUUCCCAGCGGAAGCUGUAAACAAUUUCUGCGCUCAGAUGGGCGUGACCGGCGCACAGGCGACCGUCGAUCCGGCAGCGUUGGAGGCGACCGUCAGGGACGUUCUGAACCUCACCGCUACCAGAUCCAUGGUCGUCCUGGAACCGAUUAAAUUGACCAUGAGAAAUUUCCCCCAAGAGAAACCCAUCAAACUCACCGUGCCAGAUUUUCCCAACGAGCCGGAGAAGGGACGUCACGAAAUUACGUUUGACGAGAUCGUGUACAUAGAAGCUUCGGACUUUAAAGAGAUUGAAGAAAAGGGUUUCCGACGCUUGACUCCAAAGCAGCCUGUGGGCUUGAAGCACGCGGGUGUCGUGGUAACGUUUCAAAGUAUCGAGAAAGAUGCCAGUGGCAACAUUACGAAUAUAACUGUCAAGCAGGAGCCUGUUUCGGAAAGGAACAAACCAAAGGCGUUUAUACACUGGGUGUCUCAUCCAACGUUGGCGUCCGUUAGACUUUAUGAGCGUCUAUUCAAGCACAAGAAUCCGGAAGACACGAGCGAGGUACCAAACGGAUUUUUAAGCGACAUCAAUCCAGCCAGCAAGAAGGAAGUUGUAGCGUAUAUGGAUGCGAGUUUGACUCGCACGGCGAAAGUGUACGAUAAAUAUCAGUUCGAGCGUAUAGGCUUUUUCUCCGUCGAUCCUGACACCAAACCCGGCAAGCUCGUUUUCAAUCGCACUGUGACAUUGAAGGAAGAUGCUGGGAAAGUGUGAAUGUUCCCAGAGAGAGAGAGAGAGAGAUUCUUACAUCAAUGUGGAUAAAUGUGCUAUACUUUUGCUACAAUUUUUAUAACGUGCGAAAUGAAAUUGUGUUCGAUAGUGUGUGAAAAACGGUUCUUUAAGCAAUAUUUAGUAAAUUAUUGAGUCAUUGAGUUACACAGUGUGGACCGAUAACUAUUGAUAUCUUGCGUGUAUUCGAGAUAAUGGAAGUUGAGGAAAACUUGAGUAAAAAGUAACUUUUCUAAUGGUUACAGGUCCGUCCUGUGCAUGGCUGUUUUUAAUAGAUACUUCAAUCUAGUUAAACGUGUUAUUUAAGUAAGAUGUUGCUUCUUCGCUCCUUUUAUGUGAGUUUUACACGCAUUUUUUAUUUGGCUAUAGUUGCU